CACUUCCGGCGGCGGCGGCGGCGCUGUGGUAGCCGGUGGAGGAGGCGGCGGCGGCUGCGGCGGCGGCGGCUGCGGCGGCGGCAGAGCGCGCGCGCGCGGCCCCGCGGCGCAGCGAAGCGAAACCCGGAGCAGGCCCCGCCGCCAUGGCCUCGUUGCUCAAGGUGGACCCGGAGGUGAAGCUCAAGGUCGAUUCCUUCAGGGAGCGGAUCACGAGCGAGGCUGAAGAUCUGGUGGCAAACUUUUUCCCAAAGAAGCUGUUGGAACUCGAUGGGUUCCUCAAAGAGCCCAUCCUGAAUAUUCAUGAUCUCACCCAGAUCCAUUCGGACAUGAACCUCCCAGUGCCUGACCCGAUUCUGCUCACGAACAGCCACGACGGACUGGACGGGCCAAAUAUGAAAAAGAGGAAGCUGGAAGACCGCGAAGAGACCUUUCAGGGUACCAAAGUGUUCGUGAUGCCCAACGGGAUGCUGAAGAGCAACCAGCAGCUGGUGGACAUCAUCGAGAAAGUCAAACCGGAGAUCAGGCUGCUCAUCGAGAAGUGUAACACGGUCAAAAUGUGGGUGCAGCUUCUCAUCCCCAGGAUAGAAGAUGGGAACAACUUUGGUGUUUCUAUUCAGGAGGAAACAGUUGCUGAGCUUCGAACCGUGGAGAGCGAGGCGGCGUCCUACCUGGACCAGAUUUCUAGAUAUUAUAUCACAAGAGCAAAGUUGGUUUCCAAAAUAGCUAAGUACCCUCACGUGGAGGACUACCGCCGCACGGUGACGGAGAUCGACGAGAAGGAGUACAUUAGUCUGCGCCUGAUCAUUUCAGAGCUGAGGAAUCAAUAUGUCACUUUGCAUGACAUGAUCCUUAAAAACAUUGAGAAGAUCAAGAGGCCUCGGAGCAGCAACGCUGAGACCCUCUAUUAAGUGUCAACGUUUGAACUUGAGAACUGUUCAGUCAACUAAAGACCGUCAUUGCCUUGGUUUGUUACGUGACUAUCGAGAUGGGAAACUGGCUGGAAAUAGUAUUGCAUUCUUAGUUAAAAUCUAAAGAAAUUCUCGCCUA